AUGCCGACUCACAGCGGCCGCUUCGAUACUGUCGCGGGCCUUCUCGCCGCGACGCCGCCUCGACUUCGGCUCCUGGACAGCUCGCUGCCCGACGACGCCGAGCGCGCCGCUGUGCGCAGCUGCUGCGCUGGUACGCUUGCGUCGUGCAUCGCACGGCUCGACGCUGCGAUUGCACCGCAUGCCGUCCGCAUGAUGGACGGGAGGCUUCCGACAAGCGACGCUUUCCGUGGCGACGACCACGAUCUCAGCAAGCUGAAGGCGCUCAAAACUGUCGCCACGAUGGUCCUGCAGGACGGACCGAUGCUCUAUCGCGAGGCCUGCGCGAGUCUCGUCCACGCGCGCUCCACCUUCUUCUAA